AUGGCGUUCUAUUUUGCGUUGUUAAAUGUUUCGAAAAAAGAUGACAGAAGUUCUGGAAAUAAUAAUCAACAUCGAAGACAUCAUCGGAGACAUUCAAUUGCAUCUGUUGAAUCGCCAUUAUUAGAUUAUCGAUUGUUACCAAGGUUUUUGAUCAGGUUCUGGGCUUUUAUAAGCAUCAAUUUUUCAGACCAAAAUUACUUGACAAUGAAGAUGUUGUGAUUCCGAAUCCUGUAGCAUUAGAAGAGCCAGAAGCUCCUCCCCCUUCUUCAACUCGUAGAUCACGUGGAAGUGCACGCGCUUCAAAAUGGGUUCAGGAGAAUCAUCAGCGUCGCGGAGCCCAAAAUGGUCCAAGUAGUUCUAGAUCACAAGGAGAUCUACACGAAAGUCCAAAAAUCAGUCGAAGCAAAAGAAUGGCAUUUCCAGCAAAUGGUGGAACAUCGAGUGAAUCACCAAAGAAAGGAAAACAAAAACCGAGUAGAUUACCUGUGAGAAGACCGACGCAGGCGACAACUGUGAAACUGAAACCUUGUCGAGUUCAUGUUGAAAGAGCUUUGAAUCAUCACGAAUCAAGUGCGACGGAUGAAUCGAGAAGAUCAAGUCAUGAUAGUAUGACACCGAUUGCGAGAAGAGAAGAUAGUCCAGCAUCAUCUUGUGAAGGAGCAAGUACGAGUAUGAUGGCAAAAUUGAGUUUGACGAAUAAUGAACCAAGAAUGAAGAAGGUUACAUUCGAAAAUUCACCCUAUGUUAUUUCGAAUUCUUUUUUAGGUCAGUUUUUCAUGAAACUUGAAACUUUUUCUUAGAUACCUCAAAGUCUACUUGAACAAAUUCUCAGAUUUUUAAUUUUAAAAAAUCAUGUUCAAAGACGAGUUCGAGUUCAAUUUUGCCCGUUAUAACUAUGUUGAACGAGACUUUCGACACCCAAAAUUUAAUUUUCCCCUAUGAAAAUAUUUAUUUGAAAUCCCACCUUUUUUAAGCUGAUAAAUAAACACAAACCUCAAUUUCAGGCGAUCGAGCAGUGUUGGUGAGACGUGGCAGCGGAACGGCAGUUCGGCUAAUCUCCGACGCAGCAACUCUGCCAAUCCAGACACUCCUUUGCACAACAACCAAAGUUCUCGCCCCACACGACGAAGUAUGUGGAGACGAUUGGUGGACGCCUUGCGUCGACGUUCAAAAUCAUCGAAACAGCAGCGAGUCGCCAGAUCAUGUCGUCGUCGACAAUCGAGCCAACGAGAGAAUUGAGAAGUUACAGGUGAAAAAUGGAAGACGAAGAUUGUUGAGAAGAAGAUCGACAUCUGAUAAACGACAAUUGUUGGCUUUUAGAAAUUCGGGAUUUUUGGAUAAGUCACAAGAAAGAAAUGGUUAGUUGUUUUUGAAGAAAGGAAAAAAAACUGGGAAAUGAAAAACGACAGCGCACACAGCCUGUCGUCAUCACGGAGUCUCGUUGUUUUCUUUUUAUUUUUCACAAAUUUCUUUCCGUUUGCUUUUUAUUUGGAAAAUGACAAUUUACAUGAAAUAAUAGCAUUAACACUAAUAUCAAAUUUGAGCACAUAAAAUCUUUAAUUUCUUGAAAAUUCCCCCAAAAAUUUUCAGGCAAAACAUCUUCAGCUUCAUCUCGAAUGACAGUUUCAGUCGAUGGAACAACAACACUAAAAUAA